AUGUCUUCACUUACCCCUAAGGCACCGAAAAAUACAGUCGCUAGUGCUGAAAAAAGUCAUACAAAUGAUUUAACAGCCCUUGCACUGCAGCAUUCUGGGAUAAGACUCCCUGACCGAACUGGUUUACUCGCGGAGAUUACUGCGGAAGAUUACGACUUUGCCGUGGCUAACAUUAACCAUGAAUAUAAUGCGCUCUUCACGCUGCUUCAGAGAUUACGAUUCGAAAAGUUGCGCAAGCUCACAUCCCAAGAUGGAUGGAACCCUUUUGAUCUCCAAUUCGCGGACGUAUGCACACCAAUCCCGAUAGGAGAUGUUGAAAAUUACAGUUACGACGAACAAACUUCCAGUUGCCGAUGUCCCAACAAAUUACUACCUUGUUCGCGCCACCAAGCGCUCAACGAUCUUGAAAUAUGGACAUAUCAGUUGCGUAAGUUGCUUUCUCAAUCAAAGUUUUCAACAAGGUACGACCGGUUGAAGUUGGCGACCAAACAUCUCAAUAUUAUAAACUCGAAAGGGAUUCUAUUACAAGCUGGGUUGUUAGAUAAUAUAGCUAUAAAGAGGAAACAGAUCUGCAAUUCUGUUGAUGCCGUUUUGUGUUCAAUGCGAGACCAUUCUAGAGCCAGCACUGAGUGGUCAUCUUGGGGUGGUUGUUCAGAGAAGUGCAACAGAGGUACGCAGGAGAGAUUCAAGAUAACUUAUAACAACGGCGUAAGGGAAUUUGUUGUAGAUAGGAGGACUUGCGAGCUAACGAAGUGUUCCGAUUUAAACCAGCCUAAUGUGUCUCAGUGUUUGAUUUCAAUCGUGCCACGGAAUAAGUCCACUAAUGCCGUAGUCCGUACUUGUGCUUGUCCAACCGAAGAUUCGGUAAUGUGUUCAUCCGAGGAAGCACGAAUUACCAUGGAUAGUUGGAUCACACAAUUCAGAGAGUAUUGUAAAAAAGCUCUGAUACACAAUGAAGGCAACAAUAUUUUACACAAGGACAUCCCGCAGUUGAACACCCAGUACCUGGGGAGGUUCGUACAGAUUAGGUUCCGCGAUGGAUACUAUUUUGACUGCACCGAGAGAUGGGGAAUGAUAGACAAUGACGAUACAACCAGCUACUGCAAGAUAGGUUCGCCGAUUCUUUGCAGGGAGCAUAUCACGAAAAGUAAUGCGAGAGCCUUCACAUUUAAAUUGAGUAAAACAUACAAUAAAAAAUUCAUGGGCUUUGUUGCGCCUUUACAUGCCACUGAUGUGGACUUCAUUGAUAUACAUUUCCGAGAUUCCUUAUUUGACGUAACUUACAACAUAUAUGGGAAACAAAUCCACUCCAUAUGGUUAUACGGAACUAUAUUGAGUGUAGACUAUGACAAGGAGCUUUUUGAUUUCAACGACGGUUCAGGGAGGAUCCUUCAAAUAAAAUUCGGCCAUACCUUCGUGAACUCAUUUGCUGAAAACGAGGACGUUAUAAAGAAAGGUUCUUUGGUAUCUAUCAUCUGUGGGCUUUCACACGUCAUUGUAGAGCAAGACGCCCUCCUUUGUCUAAGGGUAUUGGCAAAGAUUUAA